GGCCACUCUUAACACCAUAUAUUUUCCCCAAACCCUAUUUCUCCACUUCCUCCAUUGGCCGUCGAAGAGGAACCUCCAAGAAAAUGAAGUACAACCCACGAGUCUCCUCGUCUCGCCGUAAGAGCCGCAAGGCCCAUUUCACGGCGCCAUCAUCCGUUCGCCGCGUUUUGAUGAGCGCGCCGCUCUCAUCGGAUCUGAGGUCCAAGUACAACAUCAGGUCCAUGCCGGUCCGCAAGGACGACGAGGUCCAAGUGGUUCGCGGUACCUAUAAAGGCCGCGAAGGGAAAGUAGUACAAGUGUACCGCCGCAAAUGGGUGAUUCACGUCGAGCGCAUCACGCGUGAGAAAGUGAACGGUUCCACCGUCAAUGUCGGGAUCAACCCAUCGAAGUGUGUUAUCACCAAGCUGAGGCUGGACAAGGAUCGGAAGUCGUUGCUGGAUCGUAAGGCUAAAGGGCGUGCCGCUACUGAUAAGGAUAAGGCUGAAAAGUUUUCCGCUGAGGAUAUCAUGCAGAGUGUUGAUUAAG